AUGUCCACGGUGAUCCUGGCGUACUGCACGCAAGUGUGUCUGGACGCGGACAACGCUCAAGCAGCGCACCUCUACUUGAACACUCGGAACCAGCAGAUGAAGAUCGCCGUGACUACUGGCCAGAAGCAGCAGAGCAGCAACUUUCCCGGUCGGUUCUCGCUCUUCCUUCACGCUGCGAGGUCGGGGGACGUACGAACGGCGCAAUUGUGUCUGGGGAGUGAGCAGAACGUGGAUGAAGUGGACCAUCUCGGGAGAACGGCGCUGCACUGGGCCGCGCUGUCGGGGUCGGACGAGGUUUUGUCUCUACUGCUAAGGAAUGGCGCCUCCAUCGACCAGCAGGACACUCUGGACGGACUGACUGCGCUUCACUACGCAGCGUUCUAUGGACAUAUCAAGACGACUCGGCUUCUGGUCGCUGCAGGGGCCUCGCUCAUAAUUAUGGACAACCGGAAGAUGAAUCCGCUGCAACUUACCGAGAUGGCGAGUCUCAAACUCGCGAGCGUCCAGCCAACCCAUCAAAUGAUCAUCAAGUACCUUCGUGGUGCCAUGAAGGACGAUGUCACGCCACCGCUUGAACACAUCGCGGGGCUUACUGUUCUCCGUCUCGUUGAGCGCCAGGUGAAUAACCUACCACAAGCCAAGUAG